AUGGAUGAUCUUCGAGAUUGGCAGAGCCUAAUACUGCAGUUUGAAAGCCUCCUGACCUGGGAGAAACCUGCGCUCCUGCUCAAAGUCAUAUUUUUAAUUACCGUUUUUUACGGGAGCGUUUGGUUCUUCGAACCGCCUCUGCUGACUUCCAUUGGCUUCCUCAUAGUCGUCGUCAAUCUGACUGAUUACUUUGGGCGUUUGUUAUCAAGCAGGUUGUCGAACUUUCUUUUUAUUUAUUCUAUUGCAGAUUCCGCUCGAACGUGUCAUCGGCAGAGCAGUAUCGUAAAUACCUCGAGUUCUGCAAAAGACUUAUCAACUUUCGCGUUCUCGUAAUAUCCACGUUUGAGUACAUUGCAUAUCUUCGAAAUCGUCGCCCUUUCAUAUACACGAUUGUCUGUCUUAAUGUUUUGCCUGUCCUGCUAGUAGUCGCCUACCGAUUCGAUGGAAUCCUGCUAGCUUACUUUCUGACGAUUUUUUUCCUGUUGGUACCCGGCGUACGGCACACCGGGCUACUGACGGUACGUCCAAUCCUUGUUUACAAGUUUUCCAUUGCUGUUUUUUUUCGGUAACUUAAGAGGAGCAUAUACAGGUUUCGUCUGUGCAGCAGAAAAAUGCUAAAAAGCAUUUACAACAAGGAAAUAGGUGGCUCUAAUAAGUAGUUGACAGGCAUGUGAACCGACGUCUCGCGCGGUCAGAAAAUGUGGGGAAUUGUUGCCAGGACCCCAUUCUUCACGUAACAUAUUUUAUUUACUGUUGUAUUGGCUACAUCCUUGUGUGUUCUUUGUACUACGUGCAACAGUGCCCUCGCCAACAUAUCUUAACUUCACCUGCGUAGGCAACAGUCGUUACCUCCAUCGCAGAUUACUGAGUAGGCCUUCCGUUGUCUACAUGCUGGCGUAAGACGUUAUUGAAGAUCUAUUCAUCUCUUAUUAUCCUGAUUACCAAUGUGACAGCGCAAACAAAACCCUUAACCUAUGGAUAUCUGGAACUCGGGGCUGGGAGCGGACGAAGACUGUAUCCUGUCUGUUGAUUAUUUGGGUGCCUUAAAGGGCAUGCCAUACGACCUUCGAACUAACAGGCUAUACCAAGUGAUGGAAGUGAGACUUAUGCAGCAGCACAGGACACGCAUCUGUACAUUUUAAAGCCAGUAGUCUCGCUGCCAUGAUGCCUUGCAUACACACACGGGGAAUUUUCCAUUGCAGCCGAUAGGUUCUAUUUUAAGAAGUAGCUUAGGAUUGGAAAAAUUAUUUUUUGUCUACCUGACUAUUUUGGGAACUCGUUGGUAGCCCUCGCUCCGAUAAUUCCUCGAGCGUAUCAAAUUCAUUGUGACAAGACCUACCGAAAUCAUUGCGUUUUUCCAUGUCGUUCCAGUCUUUUCUCCCACUGAAUAGUACUCGAUUGCAAAACCUCAUACCACACUCAUUGCUGAUCAUAGAAUAUCGCUAGAAGCCCUUUUAAACUGGCUAAUAGACUACUAUUUUGGGGAUCUUUCUUAGCUUAAGUAGGGAACUUAUUUAAACCUAACUUGACUGCUAUCAUGCCUGAUCUAGCCGGCAUGGAUGAUCUCGCGAAUCUUACCCCUUUACACCGCAUGACCUACGACAGGGGAUCUGCAGAGCUCGACCCAUUAUAUUCUCCAACGACCCCAAGGAAACCCCAGUCCUAAUCAUCAGGAUGCUCACCUUCGCAUGGUUUUCCAACCAGAUGGCCUAUCUGGGACUAAAGGGUCACUUCACGAACAUCACUGUCGUCUCCGUGUGCGCACCAACAUUGGGUAGAACAGUGCGAUAAAGAUAUUUAAACGUGUAGCUGCAAGCGUUGGUUAAAAGACGUCUUCUCCGUGAUCUGUUGGUUGUUCCCGGGAACUGGAACAGCCGAACUGGAUUUGGUGACUCAUCGAAAAACCACCUUAUCGGGCGCUUUGGGUUUGAUUCGCUAUGCGACAGUAGUAAGAGGAAAUUAAACUUUCCUGGCUGGGAACGAUUAUUUGUCGCCAGCACGUGCUUCCAUUAUCACGAGAAACAUCUGCUGACCCGGUAUUCAGACGACCGUCAUACGGCCAAUCAGAUGGACUACGUACUAGUCAGCUCAAGGUUUCGCAACUGGGUUCACGAUAGCAGAUCGUUGCGUGGGGCCGAGACUGGUAACGCUUAUGCGUCGGACUAUGUCCUUGUUCGUACACACUUGAAAGUUUAUCCUUCGUCCGCGGCAAAAAUGCCACGUCCUAGACGCCUCGGUCGCAAAAAUCUGGCAAGUCAACACUGCCGAGGCCCUGAACAGAAAAAUCCGGUCCUGUUUUACGAACCGAGCUGACGAGGAAGGCACUAACCAGUGGUUGUCAUUGAAAGAGUCAGUCUAUGGUGCAGCUGAGAAAAUCCUUGGAUAUACCCAGCGACACCGCAGUGACUGAAUCACCGGAAGAACCCUGCAGUUAUCUGCUCAGACAGCCGGAGCUCGGUCCCAUAUUGAUGAUUCUCUCCGCCGAACUCGGAAGAUGACGGCAGAGUCGGCCAGGAAUGACCGGAAACAAUAUUAGGCUGAAAUAGCAACCUCCAUGGGACAGGCCACGAAGGUUGGUGACACUAGAAAACGACAAACUUAUCCGCCAAGUUAGUAGUAAGCCCUCCACACUGGAUGCCUCUGUUCACGUGAAUGACGGCUUUAGUGUUGACAACUCGGCCAUAGUCGAGCGCCAGCGUGAUCACUUCGAUACUCAGCCCAUCUCAUCUUUGCUCUCCUCUGCAGCGGAGAUUUUUCCCUCUCCAACCUAUGUAAUGCAAUGCGACCCCCCUUCUGAAGAUGUCAUCGAUGCCACACGAAAGUUACGCAACAGCAGGGCACACCGAGAGGACGGUAUACCCGCUGAAAUCUGCAAGUUUUGUGUCGACAUUCUGGCGCCCCGGCUCCAUGAGGUGAUUGAACAAGGGUGGAGAAACAAGAUUGCUCCUGAUGACUGAGACUUAGGCAUCCUUGUACCUAUCCUCAAGAAGGGGGAUAAGACGAGAUACGAGAACUAACGCGGCAUAAGCCUCAUGGAUGUUUCUGUGAAGAUCUUCGCUGUUGUUCUACACAGGCGAUUCCAGGCUGUGCGUGACUCUAGGACGAGGCCCAGCAAAGCCGGAUUUCGUGCUGGUCGUGAAUACGCGGACCAGGUAUUCAAACUGAGGCACAUUCUCGGAUUUCGCCAGGGCUACCAGCAACCGACAGCCAUCUGCUUUGUUGACGCGAGUUUUGGUUCUCAACAAUCUUUCCCAAUCGCUUUGGCAUUCGGUCUGGUUUUCGACAGGGUUGUAUCAUUUCGCCCAUUCUGUCCAACUACGCUAUUGACUAGAUUCUCAGGAGGGUCCUACACGAAGGUGACGGUGUUGAAUUUGCACUCGGACACCGACUGACUGAUCUCGACUAUGUCGAUGAUAGUGCCUUACUUGCUUCAAGUUUUGAUGAAAGAGGUCGCUAAAUCGGUCGGCUUGUCUAUAAACGCUGGGAAGACUAAAGUGUUUUCAAGCUGCAUCCCUGACCAGGAGGGGCACCUCUCGGGAUUGAUGGCUGUCAACUUGAAGAUGUAGACAGCUUUAAAUACCUCGAGGCGGGGCUGCUGCCGAAUGGGCAGAGUAAAGAUGACAUUGUCUCCCGAAUCAAUGCUGCCCGAGGGCUUUUCUCAAGCCUUAGAAAGUGCCCAUGGAUCCGACGCGACCUCUCCAUCGCCAUUAAAGUUCGUGUGUGCUGUGCAUCUGUUUGGUCUGUCCUUCCUUAUGGUUGUGAAUGAUGGGCUGUGCGCGUGGAAGGCAAGCCAAACUGGAGGUAUUUGACCACUGCGCAUGAGGACCAUCAUUCGGGUUAAGUACACCGACUUAGUCUCAAAUGAGACAGCUCGCGCUCGCUGCGGCAACAUCGCAAGGAUAGCCCAGGCCAUCCAAGAAGGACGUCUGAGGUGGUUUGGGUAUGUUCUUCGUCGUCCACCUCAGGAGCUCAGUGUUACUGCCCUCGAUCCGGUACCGUUACCCCAUUGGAGGCGUCGAAGAGGGGGUUAACUCAAAUCCUGGCUCGACACAAUCCGUCAAGACAUGGAGGUGGUUCUUGGACCUUCGGUAUUUGGUCCCCGUCGUUGGCGAAGAGAAUCGGUUGAAAUAUUCUGAUCUGCUGCCGCAGAUCGUCACGCGGCACAGUCCGUAACAUCAUCGAGGCUGGCCAGACCAGACCUGGUCACAGUCGUACCAAGUACAAGUGCGUGCCAGAGUGUGGGUACAAGACUUUCAUCGAUGAUCCCGUCCUCUCCGGACACUCUUUUGCACAGAAUUUGUAUUGCAUUGUCGAUUCUACCGUGAGAGGGAGGUCACGCGCCGGAGAGCAAUAAAACGUCUGGAGGAGGGUGACGGUCCGGUGGGUUGGCCGUCCAAGUUGAGAAAGUGCCCGAGGUAUCCACGCCAAAACCAGACCUUGACUGAGUCGCUGGCAAUAAGACCGCCAUUCACAUUGCGAAUAGUCACUUAGCGCAGAUAACACGUCACUAAUUUGGCAAAGAAUUCGACAGUUUUUUUUACUUUCACGGGCUCUGGAUGUCUGUUCUAUAAAAGUUGCCGCUUCAGUAGGGUAGUUUUGCCAUCAUCCCCAACUGACCUUGCCGUCAUUCUCUGGAGUUGACGGAAGGAAUCAUCGUUGUGGGAAUUGGCCCGAACCUUCUGGGCAAAUAACUGUGAGCUUCUUUCGCUGUUCCGGCCACUACGACCCCACGGGGUGCCUGCUAGUCUUGUGACUACAAGGUUGGCCAUCUGCCACUAUGACCAUAGUUGUAGAACGAAACUGCAUCUCCAUACACAAGACCACGGUUGUACUGAGUUGCCUUAGGUUUGUAACAAUAAGGUCUCUUGCACGUGACAGUUUCGGUGCGGAUGUGAUGUAGACUUUGAGGCGUGUGUGGAAGAGAGCAUGGGCCGAAACUUGGGCGUUGCCGGCUUCGACACCACCUAUCAAUCUGUGAUCCUGACCCCAGAUGCGGGACGUUAAACCAACUAAAAUUUAGUUGAUCUAGCCGUCCGUUCGGCUGUCGUUGGACCACCUGGCGAGGAAAGUCUGCAGCUGUGCUGUAAGCACUUGUUGAUGACAACCAGCCGGUCUUGGUCAGCAAAGUUCGGCAUUCUCACCAUUGUUGCAUCAAGAGUUAAGAUCAAAUCAGCAGAUGAGAUGACUGUUUGAAAAGUCGCCGACUCCAGGUCGACCAUUCCAGUCCCCGAUAACAAGCAAUAGAUCACGACGAGGAAGUCAUAACUAACUUUUGCGGCUGUAAUAUUUUUUCAUCACUCUGGUCCAUUGCUGAUGUUGGUACCUACGUGGAGACGACAGAGAAAUAAUGCAACCCUUCAGUCAUAAAUAGGGCAGCCAAUCAUUGAUUGGUACCCGUAUUGUGAAGGGCCGAUCGCCACAUCGUGUAUACUGGAGUCGUGUGCGUCGCCGCGGCAUAGAGUGAAGUGAGAGUUUGCUUUCGACUCUUGAUUUCUCGGGCCACUGAGUCGGAGAUUUGGACUUUAGACAAGCAACAGUGAUCCACGUUGUACGGUUGAAGACUGAGCGGCGUUAGUCUUUGGGCACCAGAGUCUAGUGAUGGUUGCACAUCCCAAGACCUAAUGUCAUGCCAUUUCAAAUGGAAUAUCCCGCCUCAUUAUUAGUGCACUUAUCGCCGGACCAGGUUUGCGGGGGCUCGUCGGUUCUUGCGGACGCCGCAGCAUGAAUCACGUUACUUGAAUCGAGCCAUUCUUAAUGAGGUUUCUGGGUACUUUAAGUAUAGGCGAGCCCUCAACAGCCAUCGGGAUUGUUGAUUCCAGGCUGUCUUCUCUGUCAGUUUGAGCGAAAAAUCUAUUUACAAGGUAACGGUAGCAACAGAAUACCAAAAAGGCACCUUGCGGCACCUCAUAAGGCAAUCAGAGUGCUAGACUUCAACUCCCCAAGCGUUGAUGACAUUGUCGCUGUAGUUCCUCGACUAUUCACUCAUCAGACCUGGCAGUCUGCUUAUUUCUCAGCUAACCUCUUCUGAACGCCGCCCCAUUAUCUGCCAUAAGUGGACACGGUGGGUUGCCAGCAGCUAGGGUAAUGGGUAACCCGUAUUUCCAGAAAACAAAAGCAAGCCGAUAUGUCUAUUACUGACUGGUUUGUAAAGGCAAACUUUUAUUCACAAUAUUAGAUAAUUAGUCGUGAUAGAUGUCGGCCGGAACUGUAAGUUUGGUUAUUCAGUGCCAUACUUUUGGCUCUCACAUCAGACAUUUCGGGCCUUUUAAACAACUUACGAACUUACUCUAUUUCCCACGAAAGGCUGUGUAUAAAAUUAACCGGUUGUUGUCAUAGUUGCUGCAAUUGAGUACCAGUCAAUUAUGAUCCAUGAACUGAAUAUCUUUGUAUCGGAGGUCUACCUGGUUUACGUACCUGAAUUACGCCCUGGGGCACGCACAAAUAAGGGCAAAGGUCAUGCGCUGUCACCUCGCCGACACCCGUCCUGGUUCUGCCGGCCACUUCUUAUCCUCAAAACACAACGAGUUAAGUUCUGAUACUGCAAAUUUUCGUUAGUGUCAUCUACUACGCAAGCAAAGAACCAGUGCCCAGGAAGUAAAGUACUCGUCAACCACAUCGACCCAACUAAUUUGGGAGGAGUUCGUAUAUUUUUACUGCCCAUAAAAGUGCAUUUUCGUUGCUGAAUGCUUUUGAGAUUAACUGAACUAGCCCAAAGGACAUUUCUUUCGAAUAAAUGCAAAAAGAUACCAAGUUUGAUAUGUUUUGAGACAUUCAAGUGUUGUCCAGGAAUCCCUGAUUCCUUUAAACGGCAAUUAUGAAAUCUCACCAACUCGACCGGGAAGUUGUCGAAUACGGAUUCCUCCGACAUGCACUUGUUCUGUUAUCUCCGUUUUAGAUUAUUUCCUUUAUGAUUAGAAGAAUACUCCGUUUCCUUCUUCAUCUGGUUUCGCGAUGUGGACGAAUGAUCAUAAAGCUAGUGUCCAGACUGCGAAAACGAAGUCUAGCGGACGCAACCCGAACGUAA